UGCAAUAAUAGGAUAUGGGCUGAGCCAAUUCAAGUCUGAAAUCCUUGGAAUUCAUCUUCCUUCCUUGACCAGAUUUUGGAAUUCAGCUGACAAGAGGAAUUUCAUUACUGCUGGUGCAGGAGCAGGGAUUGCCUCAGUAUUCCAUGCUCCGGUGGGUGGACUUCUAUUUACACUGGAGGAAGUGGCCUCUUUUUGGGACAUUAAACUGGCCUGGCAAACCUUCUUCUGCUGCAUGAUGGCUGCUUUCACCACAGAUUUACUCUCCUCUUCUCUCUGUGGUUUUGUCUACAGGGGACAAUUUGGAUUUUUCAAAGCAGAGAAAAGGAUUUUAUUUUGGGUUAAGAAUUUACUGGAUAUGAGCGUGUUGGCCUUUGUUCCAGCCAUUUUCCUUGGAAUACUUGGGGGCCUUUUAGGAGCUCUCUUUGUUUUCCUGAAUAUCAAGAUUAAUAAACUACGCAUGUGGUUCUUCAGCACAAUUCCAAAAACAUCCCUCAGAAAAACAGCCAAGCUGUUAGAAUCUGUGCUGAUUCUUGUUUUGACCAUUACUGCAACUGUCUACGUGCCCUAUUUCUUUCAUUGUACACCAGUCAAGAUCCUGCCAACGUUUGAUUUGACCAGUAAACCAGAAAACAUAAGCCAGGUCAAAUGGCAAAUUUCAGAAUAUAAUUGUCCACCAGCAGCAUUACAGAUCGGGCCAGAAUUAGUGAAAAAUUCAAAUCAAACCUUUAAUGAAGCUGCUGCUCUCUUGGGUGAGAAUGGCAUGCGAGGAAUCAUGUACCUGUUCAGACGUGGGACCCACGAGGAAUUUGGUUAUGCCUCUCUUCUUACUGCUCUGGUAUUUUAUUUCCUGUUAUCCUGCUUGACAGCAGGAUCUGCUGUUGCCAGUGGUUUGGUUAUACCUAUGCUAUAUAUAGGAGCAUUAUAUGGCAGGAUUGUUGGCUUGAUCCUGGUUUCCAUUUUUGGGAUUCAGACUGAUGAGAAUGCUGCAUGGAUUGACCCAGGGCUAUUUGCUGCUGUUGGAGCUGCUUCAUUCUUCAGUGGUGUUUCAAGGCUAACUAUUUCCCUCACUGUUAUAAUGGUAGAGAUUACAAACGAUGUGCAGUCCUUGUUACUCAUCAUGCUGGCUGUCAUGUUAGCCAAGGUGGUCGGCGAUUGGUUUAACAUGUCUCUGUACAGUUCUUUACUCAAGCUCAAAUGUAUCCCCUACUUAGACGCUGAGCCAUUUGUCUGUCAUAAGAAAAACUGGAUAAAUUUGGAAUUGUUUGCAGCCAGCGAUGUCAUGAAGCCUAGUGUCAAAGUCCUCCAUUUAAAGGAAAACGUUGCUUUCUUGGCCCAGCUCCUUACCAACACCUGCCAUAGUGGAUUCCCAGUGGUGUGCAAAUCUAAGCCAGAUCAGGCAGAGGUAUUCCUGGGAACAAUUACACGGCUGGAGCUCUGUGUGCUACUGGAGAAUGAAGCCAUCUUUGAAACAGAGGCAAUGGAAGAUUCCCAUUCUUCUUCAAUUAUUCUUCCCUACCAGAAGAUCAGAGUUGAAAAAUUGCAUGAUCAGCAGUGGAUGACCAUGUUGUUGGAUCGCUACAGUACAGACCCUCAGUAUCAGCAACUCGUCAUCAAUCUGGAACCAUAUAUAAACAAAUCAGCAGUGUCAGUCCAAGCUCAUUUCUCAUUGCAGCGAACAUAUAUCAUCUUUCGGUCCCUGGGCCUUCGCCACCUGACAGUUGUUGAUUUGCAGAACCAGGUUGUUGGAAUAAUUACCAGGAAAGAUCUGAUGUCUUUCCAGCUGGAAGAGAAACUGGGGCUCCGGCAGACAUCACAACAGCCUCAGUCUGAUGAGGAAUCUUUACUCCAGGAGGAAAUAUAA